AUGAAGGUGCAUCCUCUCAUUUUCCGACAGAUGGUGGAAUACGCCUCGAAUACGUAUACCUACAUUCUUGGAUGCGCUGCGACGAAAAAAGCUGUUAUCAUCGAUCCAGUCAUUGAGACUGCUCAUAGGGAUGCUCAGAUUCUUCGAGAUCUUGAGCUGGAUUUGGUCUACGGGUUGAACACGCACGUUCAUGCAGAUCAUGUCACGGGUACUGGAGUACUGAAGUUGGCAUAUCCAGCCAUGAAAUCAGUUCUAUCGAAGCAUUCCGGUGGCAAAGCUGAUCACUACGUUGAUGAUGGUGACAAGCUUAAAUUUGGCCACGAGAGCCUUGAAGUGCGAACAACUCCUGGACAUACCGAUGGAUGUUUAACCUAUGUUUCACAUGCACACAAGAUGGCUUUCACGGGAGAUGCGCUACUGAUUCGAGGCUGUGGAAGAACUGAUUUCCAACAAGGAAAUCCUCACACACUUUACCGAUCUGUUUGGGACAAGAUUCUCUCUCUUCCGGACGAUUUUCUUCUCUAUGUUGGACACAACUAUAAUGGACUACUAACGACAUCGGUUGCUGAAGAGAAGCGCUUCAAUCCGAGACUGACCAAAUCCGAGGACGAGUUUGUACAACUUAUGAACAAGCUCAACCUUGAAUAUCCUAAACAGAUCGGUAGGUCUCAAUAUAACUAA